UCACUUGUGAUAUCGAUGCCUCCUGCUACCUUUUCCGAGGUCUUGCGAUGCUUGGAUCCAAAACAUUUUGUUGGCCGAUACCAGGAAUUGCACAAGGAAUUGAGUCCCCGUUUGGUGAAGAAGCUCGGACCAUCUGAAGCUAUUAACCUACAAGGUGGAUAUUACAAGUUCUGCAUUUUAUUCCUCGACCAUGUCAAGAGUAUUUUGGAAGCACGGCAGUGGGAGUACCCAUCUACUCUUUCAGACUACAAGUAUCUCCUCAGGUGUGCACGAGCAACAGGAAAUCCGGAUUUGGCCGAAUAUGUUUGGACGAGAUUGACCGCUCGGAAGGAGGAUGACAAGGUAACCCCCGAAUUACCCUCCCCAGACGUCGAUUGCUACAACUCCUACCUAUGGAUCAAAUGCUGGAAUGACACCACAAAUCCUCUUCUCAGAUUCAGGCUCAGGGUUAUCCCUGAAAAUUUUGCACCCCGAGCUUGGGAAAAUUCUCCCUAUACCUUGAAAGGGCACCAGGUGGGAGGGAGCUCGGGUAUCAGAGCCCAAGUAGCCCUGCACUUCCGCAACAUGGUCGAAGCUGGAAUUUCUGGAAAUGAGGAAACUUUCUGUCUGAUGAUGGUCUCCAACGCCCGUGAGGGUGAGAUGUCUGCGGUAGCCUCGAUCCUCCGGCGCGUCUGGAAUAUCGAUGUACAACAAUUGCUGACUUCAAAUGAUUCGGAACUUUCGCCCCCCAAAAGUUACGGUCGCCACUCUCCAUUUUAUCCAACUGGCAUGUUGCUUUACAGUAUUGCCCAUGCCUUUGGUAUCAACAACCAAAUCCCGGCAGCUCUUCGGUUGAUUGACUACAUUUCUGGCCAGUACUCGAUCCCGAUUCCGACUAAUGUCUGGAACGAGCUCCUCAUGUGGACCUUUGUCAUUUCCAUGAGACCCCAUACAAGGAGACGUCACGGCGAACCAGUGAACACUGGCAAAGAAAUCGGCCAGCUUCCUCCCGAGGCAGUCACUAGCCUCUGGGACACGAUGAUCUCGAAGCCAUAUAAUGUGAAGCCAACGCUAGAGAUGUACAACCGACUGAUAAUUAAUCUGCAUCACCGAAAACGAUAUGGAGAAAUGCAAAUUCGGAUGGAGGAAGCUCGCCGCGUUCUCAAAGACGGCGUUAGGAAACUUUCCCACAUGCAAGGAAUCUACAAUGCCACCACACGUCGGCCAAGCCCAGCACAUCUAGCAGAGCGACGAAUGCGGGACUUGAUCUUGGCACGGCUUCGUGUCAGAAGGAAUAGAAAGUACGCUGAGCGUUGGGUGCGAUUGCUCAUCAUCCAAGGCAGCCAGAGUUUGAAAUAUGCCGAAGGAUGGUCAGACCAAAAUCUCCCGAACAUCUUUAAGAACUGGUCGCUUUUCCUGCCAGACAAGCUCCGUUACCCUAUUCGAUCUGGUGAGGUGUCAUUC